AAUGGCUGCUCCAACAAGUUCUGUACCCUUCUCGGUGGAGGGCAAGACUGCUCUGAUCACCGGCGCCGGAUCAGGAAUCAACCUGUCCUUUGCGAAACUUCUGCUUACUCGCAACUGUAACGUGGUGAUUGCCGACAUAGCUCUUCGAUCAGAGGCACAAGCAGUGAUCGAUGAGCAUUCUGCCAAGGAUGAAUCAAAGCCACGGGCUGUGUUUGUGAAGACCGAUGUGGUCAAUUGGGAUGACCUGACGAACAUGUUCGAUGUUGCAGAGAAGGAGUUUGGAGAAGUUGACAUUGUCUGUCCUGGUGCUGGAGUGUUUGAGCCACACUGGUCCAACUUCUUCCACCCUCCCGGCUCAUCUGCCUCGAAGGACAAGCUCCAUGGAUCCGAAGGAGUGGGUCACUAUGCAACUCUCGAUAUCAAUAUCACGCAUCCUAUUCGCACGACUCAACUGGCCAUUUCUCGUUGGCUGAACCCGUCCGUGGGCAACAAGUCCGGCAAAGUCUCAGCUUCGAACCCGAAGCGUGUUGUGCAUAUUAGCAGCAUCGCAGGGCAAACCCCAUCAUUCUCGGUACCCUUGUACACGGCGUCAAAACAUGCCAUCUCCGGUUUCAUUCGAUCUUUAGCCGAACUGGACAUUCUUCAUAUCAGAGUGAAUGGAGUGGCCCCUGGCAUUAUCAAGACACCGUUAUGGACCGAUCACCCUGAGAAGCUUGCCAUGCUCGACGAGAAACAAGACGUGUGGGUCGAACCUGAGGAAGUGGCCGAGGCGAUGCUGAGGUGUGUCGAGGACCCUGAGGUGGGAGCGGGCUGGGUUCUUGAAGUUUUGAAAAGGAAGACGCGCAAUGUGGAAUGGAUGAAUGCUGGACCACCAGAAGGUCCUGGCGGCACUGCAAGCAAUCGAUCGGCGAAUGCAGCGGAAGUCUUCCAGUGGCUAGCGGAACCUGGCUGGGGCGCAGCAAAGUGAAGCAGUAAAAGGAUGACGUGCACCGGUCAUGUCCGUGGCUGGAUCAAUGGAUGCACAGCCUGAUCUAGAUCCCUUCGGUCUUUCAAAACUGCAUCGGGCCUUGAAAGCAAUCGUAUCCUAUUUCGGAUGUCUAUCCUUUUACUCUCAGAACGACGGCAUUUCGUCCCUA